UCAAAGCAAUAGGUAGAGCAAGUCAUUCAUUCACAAAAACUGAUAUGCAGAAAUGGAGCAAGCCGUAAGUAGAACCUAUGAUUAUCAGGGCCAGUAUGUACAUGUGGAAAAGCUGAUUAAGACUCAUGAGCUGUGUUUACGUUUAAUUCAACAUAUUCUCUGUUACUCCCCGUGUAGCCACAUGUAAGCAGCUUUUUCUACCAAAGGAGAUUAUAAUGCUAUUUUACCCGACGCUAAUUUUCAGAGCAUGACAUCUAAGACAUAUAUUGUUUUAUGAUUGACAUCAAAGACCUCUCCAUCUUUGGGCUCAUAAAAAGGAUGAUCUUUCCUCCUUCCCCUGUCUUUGCCCAAGUACUUGUCUUUCUGCGACCAAUAACUGAGAGACCGAAAGAAAACAUACUGGAUGUCCAUUUGCACCCGUGGAACGUUCCACUAUCAGAGAUCGAAUUAAUGGAGCCGUUGAACUUUCUAACGACUGAAGAGUUGCUGUUUUUUCUCCACCGGAAGAAGACGGAGAUUUCGUGCAUCGAGCAACCGCACAGAUUCCUCUCUCAGCUGCGAGACCACGACCUGGUGCCGGAGGAACUUUUUGAGAAUGUGAAAAAGAUGCGUUCUCGUGAGCAGAAGGAGAAGGGCGUCUAUGAGGUUCUGGACUGGGUGGAGAAAAAUAAACCACAGUACAUACAUCAGUUCUGGCGCUGUGUGUUUGAAGACCAUAUCCUACAGCUCUACCCGACACUACGCACGCUCAGAAAAAGUCUGCUGGACGGCACUUUCAAACUCUAUAAGAAACAUCCGGAUGUUAAGACACCAGCAGAGGAGGAAGAGAGUGAAGGAAAGGCAGAGAAAGGGAAGGAGAAGAACUACAAAAGAAAGAGAAGUAAAGAUGAUAGAAGUAGUGAGGAUAGUGAUGAUCCUGAUCCUUCCUCUGCUUCCACACCCAGUCUGAAGAAACCAGGCAAAAAACCCUCAUUCUCAUCUCUUGUGAAGAAAGGAGAAAACCAGGAGAUUUGGAAGUGGCCUAUUUAUAAAACUCAUCUGCCUGUAACCUGUGGGGAUAAAGAAGGCACUCUCUAUCGGGACAAAAUGCCCAGAGGGGAAAAGUGUAUUUUGUCUCAAGGACACUGGUUCACCCCAAAUUAUUUUGAAAAGUUUGCGGGGAAGGAAAAGUGCAAAGACUGGAAACUCAGCAUCCGCUGCAGAAACACACCACUUAAGAAACUCAUAGAGGAGGAGCAUCUUCAGUGUCCACCAGUGGAGAUAAGAAAGAGAACACGUGUGUGCUCCAGUGAAGAAAAUGAUGCUGAAGAUUUCCAGGAACAGGGAUGGAGAGGAGGAGGAACAGAGAUCAGAGGGAGAGUCGAGGAAGAAGAAGACAUGGCAGAUCUGUCUGUUUUCCAGGCUCCUUCUUUACCAGUCACCUGUGUUUCACUUACUGGGACUUUAUACAAAUACAGGUUUGCAACAGGGAUACGUGGGAAGUGUAUACGUACUGAGGAAAGAUGGUUCACUCCGGAGGAAUUUGUAAAGCAGGAAACAACUAUCACUGAUGGACACUGGAAGAAAGAUAUAGUGUGCCAUGGAAAAACGCUCAACUUUUUACUCAAGAAAGAAAUCCUGCUCAAACAUUUACUUCUGUGUGACUGUCAGAAAUGCAGCAUUAAAAAGGAAGACCUGAUGGCACAGAACAAUGAUGACGAGUGUUAUGUGUGUGACGCUGAGGGAAAUCUUGUGUGUUGUGACGAGUGUCCACGAGCUUUUCAUUCACACUGUCACCUACCAGCUGUACACAGAGACUCACCUGGGGAAUGGAUUUGUUCCUUUUGCGUGUUAAGAGCCAGUCAACAAUGGCGUGACUCCAGUAACAUGUCUGAACAAGAGGCUUUCGGUGCCCCAGUGUCUCAGUACAGAUUGCACUGCCACUACCUCCUGUUAUGUGUGUACAGAGAGGACAUCCAGAAGGUGUUUGUUGAGGAUCCACGGCCAACUGUGCCCAGAUACUCCGAGUUCAUAUCUCAGCCGAUGUGGCUGGACAGAAUAAAGCAGAAGUUGGAAAGUGGAGAGUAUCAGAUGGUAGGAGCAUUCGUCUCAGACUUUCAGCUCAUUUUCAGCAACUGCAGCACGUUCAAUAGGGACAAUGUGUUUGGCCGAAUGGGUGCCAGGCUGAAGGAAAUGUUCGAGGAAGAGUUCCAGAAAAUCUUCAGUAUCCAAUAACAACUCUCUUUUACAAGUUUUUUAAAGAUACAAUUGAGAUCUGGAUAUCUUUGAAUAAUCAUUAGAGUUCAUUUUAAUAAUGUAUAAUAUGUAUAAACAUUUUUAUUUUGCAGUCCUGCAAAGGACAAGUGGUUUGGAGAAUGGAUUGGUUACUGAUGGCAAUUUGAUUAUGUCAGUACGAAGAUCUGCUACUAUCAGUUUUUUCUCCUACUCCAUACAGAUCUUAAUCACUGUCAGUGUUCAAGUACCUUAAACGUGAAGGGUGCCAUUUCUGUAAUUCCAAGAAUAAUGAUUGUUUUAAAUAGGUUCCUAAACAAUCCGACCACCCUUUCUGACCUGCCCCGUCUUUUAUUGCUCAAAAAACAGGCAGCCCCACAGCCAAACACACAGCAUUAGAAACACUACAGAGCCAGAUAUUCGUUUUUUUACAUCUACUAUUUGCGUUUUAAGCUGUGAUAAAUGAAAGAAUUUUAACGAUAAAAUUUGCACAAUUCACUUUUAAGACCUAAAUCAAAAUAUAUUGCAGCAUUUUGUUAUUU